AAGAGCUAGAACUCAGGAAUCUCUACGGGGAUGAGGAAAGAGAAGAAUCCUAGGCCCAUCACAACUGCGUGUUAAAAACAUGAGUUUUCUCCUUCUAAGCCAGACUAGUCUUGAUGCGAACCAUGACUCUUCACUACAGAUGCCCAAUAGCACCAGGUGCAACAGAAUUGGGAAGAAGAUGGGUCCUUCCAUUGGGCAAGCCACAGAAGACGUGAAUAAGGCAGAGAAAGGCCAGGUUCUGGUGGCUGAGAACAACCUCUGCAGGCAGUAUGAGGAGAAGGUGCGGCCCUGCAUCGACCUCAUCGACUCUCUGCGGGCCCUGGGCGUGGAGCAGGACCUGGCCCUGCCCGCCAUCGCUGUCAUCGGGGACCAGAGCUCGGGCAAGAGCUCCCUGCUGGAGGCUCUGUCGGGAGUCGCCCUCCCCAGGGGCAGCGGCAUUGUCACCAGGUGCCCUUUGGUGCUGAAACUGAAGAAGCUGAGGCCAGAAGAGGAAUGGAGAGGCAAGGUCAGCUACCUGGACAUUGAGGAGGACAUCUCGGACGCCUCCAAGGUAGAAGAGGAAAUCCGCAAAGCCCAGAACUACAUCGCUGGGGAUGGGCUGGGAAUCCAGGAUGAGCUCAUUAGCCUGGAGGUCAGCUGCCCCGAAGUCCCGGAUCUCACUCUCAUCGACCUUCCUGGGAUCACCAGGGUACCUGUGGGCAAUCAGCCUGCGGACAUCGGUCGACAGAUCAAGCGACUCAUCAGAAAGUACAUCCAAAAGGAAGAGACCAUCAACUUGGUGGUGGUCCCUAGUAAUGUGGACAUUGCCACCACGGAGGCUCUGAGCAUGGCAAAUGAGGUGGAUCCUGAAGGAGACAGGACCAUAGGAAUCUUGACGAAGCCUGAUCUAGUGGAUAAAGGGACUGAGGACAAAGUUGUGGAUGUGGUUCAAAACCUGGUGUGCCACCUGAAGAAGGGCUACAUGAUUGUCAAGUGCCGCGGCCAGCAGGACAUCCAGGAGAACCUGUGCCUGACUGAGGCCUUGCAGAGGGAGAAGGCCUUCUUUGAGGACCACCCACAGUUCAGGGUGCUGCUGGAGGCCAGAAAGGCCACUGUCCCCUGCCUGGCAGAGAGACUGUCUGAAGAGCUCAUUGCACACAUCUGUAAAUCUCUGCCACUAUUGGAAAAUAAAAUCAAGGACCUUCACCAGAAAACAACAGAUGAGUUACAGAAGUUUGGCAUGGACAUCCCAGAAGAUGACAGCGAGAAAAUGUUCUUCCUGAUAGAGAAAAUCAAUGCCUUUAAUCUGGACAUCAAUGCUGUAGUUGACGGGGAGGAAAGUGUAGGCACUGAAGGCUCCAGGCUGUUUGCCAAACUCCGAAGGCAAUUCCAGUUGUGGAGUUCCAUGAUUGAGAAGCAUUUUUCAAAGGGUUUUGAUGGUUUACAAAAAGAGAUCUGGAAAUUUGAAAACCAGCAUCGUGGCAGAGAGCUGCCUGGGUUUGUGAACUACAGGACAUUUGAGAAAAUCAUCAAAAAGGAACUCCAGGCCCUGGAGGAGCCGGCUGUGGACAUGCUGCACCAGACCACCGAUAUGGUCCGGGCAGCCUUCACAGAUGUGUCUGAAAAAAACUUCACUGAGUUUUUUAACCUCUACAAAACCACCAAGAACAAAAUCGAAGAUAUUCGAUCAGAUCAGGAAGAAGCGGCGGAGAAGGCAAUCCGCACUCACUUCCAGAUGGAGCAGAUCGUCUACUGCCAGGACUAGGCUUACCGAGGUGCGCUGCAGAAGAUCAGAGAGGAGGAGGCCAAGGAGGAGAAGCAGAAAAAAGUAUUUCAGUCUUCAGAGACCACUGCUAUGGGUGAAAUCCUCCAGCACCUGAAUGCCUAUUGCCAGGAGGUUCACAGCCGCAUCUCCACCCACAUCCCCUUGAUCAUCCAGUACUAUGUCCUGCAGUUGUUUGGCCAGCGGCUGCAGAAUGCCAUGCUGCAGCUGCUUCAGGAGAAGGAGAACUGCGCCUGGCUCCUGAAGGAGCGGAGCGACACCAGUGAGAAGAGGAAGUUCCUGAAGGAGCGGCUGACCCGGCUGGGCCAGGCCCGGCGCCAGCUCGCCAAGUUCCCUGGUUAACCCAGCUCCCAAGCCUCGGGAGGAGGCCGAGCCAGGGUGAUGUAGUCGCUUAGCAGAUGCUCAGUAGGCAGAGGUAGAACGAGAUCUCUUCUUUUUCUCCAGGAGCAUGUAGGGACCAAAAAGAGUUAGGAGAAUGGUUUGAUUUCUGGCUGUAAGAGGACAGUCUCAUGUCAAAGUGUGGGCUGCAGACUGAAGGGAAGGUGCCACCGUCACGAGGGGGUCAAGGGCGUCACUCACCUCCCCCACUCAACUUUUGUGCAUCAGGAGACGGCCUCCAGCUCAGUGCCGGGAAAGGCUCCUUCCUGGUCUGUCUGCAGUCUCCUCUGGAGCCGGCUUGUAGGAAUGGUCUGCUGCUCUUAGAAGCUGGGCCUCUUCUGUUUGAAUAAACAUGUAAUCCUUG